CCCGGCCGCGGCCGAGGAUGCGGCGGAGCCUGGCGGCGCGGCUGGCGCUGGCCGCCGGCCUCGGCUCGUUCCUGCUCGUCCUCUUCUACUUCCAGAGCAGCCUCAGCCCAGCCUCAGAAGACGGAGCUAUGAGAUCCACCUGGCAGGGGAAGGCCGGUCGCAGCCCACUCCAGGCUCUGUAUGAGAGUUACCAGUUUGAGCAGUCGACACUGCAGGCGGUUCACCAUCAGAGACGGGAGACGUUGAGCAAUGUCUGCAACCGUUACACCCGCAAGCGGCGCCUCCUGCAGCGGGAUGACUUGCGGCAUUUGGUGGUGGAUGACACGCAUGGGCUGCUCUACUGCUACGUGCCCAAAGUGGCCUGCACUAACUGGAAACGGGUGAUGAUGGUCCUGACAGGGCAAGGCAAGUACCAGGACCCACUGGAAAUCCCCGCCCACGAGGCCCACGUCCCAUCCAACCUGCGCACCCUCUCCGAGUACAGCGUUCCCGAGAUCAACUACCGCCUGCGCAGCUACCUCAAGUUCGUCUUCGUGCGGGAGCCCUUCGAGCGCCUGGUCUCAGCCUACCGCAACAAGUUCACCCUCAGCUACAACCAGGCCUUCCACAAGCGCUACGGGACCAAGAUCAUCCGGCGGCACCGGCAGGGGCCCAGCGACAAGGCCCUGGAGCGCGGGGACGACGUGCGCUUUGAGGAGUUCGUCUACUACCUGCUGGAUCCGCGGACGCAGCAGGAGGGGCCCUUCAACGAGCACUGGGAGCGAGUGCACUCGCUCUGCCACCCCUGCAUCAUCCACUACGACGUGGUGGGCAAGUAUGAGACCUUGGCUGAAGAUGCCAACUACAUCCUCCAGCUGAUUGGGGCCGACACGACCGUCAAAUUCCCAGCUUCAUCCAAGACCACCAGGACAACGGACGACAUGACGGCCCGGUUCUUCCAGGACAUUAGCCCCUUCUACCAAAGAAGACUCUUUAAUUUAUACAAAAUGGACUACUUGCUUUUCAAUUACUCCAUCCCCUCCUACCUCCGCAUCCGAUGAGGCAGGGACUGGUGGGGAGAGGUGAGGAGAGCUGGAUAACUCUCAUCUUGCCACAGUUCCUCUCCUCCCACCUUGUUCUCAUCUCUUGGUUGACUUCUUCCCUGUGCCCUCUCAUUAGGUCUGCUCCAGAUCCUGAUGCUCUGGAGGGAGGAUACCUCUCAAAACACCAAGGUUGGAGCUUUUCCCUUCCUUUCCCUCCCACCCUUUAAUAUCUACAGGAAAUGGCAGUGGGAUGGGAAACUGCUGGGUAGGAGGGCUUGCCUUGGUUGGGGACUUUCUUUUAACUAAGGGACUCUUCUGUAGAUCCAAGUCUUGGGAAGGCUCCUUUUUUGGGCAGGAUCCCUUUGGGUCUUUCUCCUCCUUACUGGGCUGUUUAGGGGCAGACAUGGCGUCUUGGGGGUCAGGGUGGAGUGUGUCAGAGACUUGCAUAGAACCAGAAAUAAAGCAAUAACUUAAUGUAACUUUUUCCCUUUGUUGAAAAUUGCUCCCACCUUUUCUUUUUGCCUUGUUCUCCUGUGUCCUUGUCCCACUUCCCCCACCAUUCCCCAUUGCUGGGGAAGGCAGAGGUGUGUCACUCUGACCACACAUUUCUUCCUGACAAUACCUGGAGGGCUUUUUUGUUCCUCUCCACAUGCUCUCAGUUUGAAUACAAAAUAUGCCAAAGAGAGAGAGGACAUUUUUUGCAGCAGAUCCACAGUGCUUUCUCCUGCCUCCAGCAGCAGAGUGCUCAGUGCCUCUGUGUGUGUGCAUGUCUCUGGAUUUCUGGUCAAAUCCAGCCCCCACACCCCCUGUUUUUUUUUUUUUUAAACAGCAGGUGAUAACUGUUGUGUAAAGCCAGAUGGGUGCAGGUGUCUGCUCACCAUCCACAGUGUCCUGCCUAUGGCCUCACUGGUCAAGCAGGACCUCCCUGGCAGCGCUGGCUUCUCUUCCCCUGGCACCAUGUGCUGCUCCCAUGUUUUUCCAGUGCCUCCCACACCAUUGCACUGGGAAACUGAGGAGGGUGCUGGGAUGGGUUUGAGUUAUAAAGUGCUUCGGGGAGCACUGGGCUGGGAUGUGGGAAAUUGCUGUGGUUAUGGAAAGGUGAUGCUGGACUGGGAGGCCAGAGAAGUGUCUGUGUGUGUUUGUGUCUGUUUGUCUGUGUGUAUGGGUGCAUGCAUGUAUUUGAGAAAAAAUUGAGGAUAAAAAUGGGGAGAGAGACACCUAGAGGGAAACAACCCUUUGCCUGGCUGCCUUUGGACAAUCGUUCCUUGAAUUAAAAAAGGGGAGGAUGGGGUGAAACACAAAAGAAAAUGACAAACCUAGCCCUAGGAGUUUAAAUUAAAACCAGUCCAAGGAGCUGUAUUUCUUUAAAACCAUAUUUCAGUCUUCCCUCUCUUCUGUUCAGCUUUGGCUCGGUGACUGCCUUUGUAAAUAAACACACUGGUAAUAGA